UUCCGGUGUCUCCUCCUUCUUUGUCUUCGGCCCAACAUUUCGACACCAGGGGUUGUCUUUUUUUUCCUCUAAAGUUCUGUGGAUAUAUUUACACAUAUAUCCCUAGUUUUCUGAUAUUGAAUGACAGUCGACUCUGAAAUAUUUAUGCCUAAAAGUAAAGCGCCAAAAAUGGAUGACCUGGACUACAUCCCAGUAGACCUGAGCCCAGAGGAGCGCUCUGAGCUGGAGGACAUCCGCAGGAGGAAGGGCGUCCUGAUGCAGGAGAUCCAGAGGCUCAGAGAAGAAUUAAGAGAGGCAAUUUUGGAAGUGGAGGGACUGGAGACAAGCACAGAGGGCAGUAAAACUCUACAGAAAAGCAGGCAUGUUGCAAUGGGCAGAAAGAAAUUCAACAUGGAUCCUAAAAAGGGAAUAGUAUUUCUGGUGGAGAAUGAGCUGCUCAGACACACUCCAGAGGACAUCGCUCAGUUCCUUUACAAAGGAGAGGGCCUCAAUAAGACGGCUAUAGGAGAUUACCUUGGAGAAAGGGACGACUUCAACAUCAAAGUGCUUCAGGCUUUCGUUGACCUCCAUGAGUUCACUGAUCUCAACCUCGUUCAGGCCCUCAGACAGUUCCUGUGGAGUUUCCGUUUGCCCGGUGAAGCUCAGAAGAUUGACAGAAUGAUGGAGGCCUUUGCUCAGAGAUACUGCCACUGCAACCCUGGUGUCUUCCAGAGCACUGACACGUGUUAUGUACUGUCAUUUGCCAUCAUUAUGUUGAACACGAGCCUCCAUAACCCGAAUGUGAGGGACAAACCUGGAGUGGAUCGCUUCAUUUCCAUGAACAGAGGCAUCAACGAGGGGGGAGAUCUGCCCGAGGACCUGCUCAGAAACCUCUAUGACAGUAUUAAAAACGAGCCUUUUAAGAUCCCUGAGGAUGACGGCAACGACCUGACGCACACCUUCUUCAACCCGGACAGAGAAGGCUGGCUUCUUAAACUUGGGGGACGAGUAAAAACCUGGAAACGGCGAUGGUUCAUUCUCACAGACAACUGCCUUUAUUACUUUGAAUACACCACAGACAAGGAGCCGCGGGGUAUCAUUCCCUUAGAAAACCUUAGCAUCCGAGAGGUAGAAGACCCAAGAAAACCUAACUGCUUCGAGCUUUAUAUCCCCAACAACCGUGGUCAGCUGAUCAAGGCAUGUAAGACUGAGGCUGAUGGUCGUGUAGUGGAGGGAAACCACAACGUGUACCGCAUCUCUGCCCCAACACCUGAGGAGAAGGAUGAAUGGAUCCACAGCAUUAAAUCUGCUGUCAGUGUCGACCCCUUCUACGAAAUGCUCGCAGCCAGGAAGAAACGUAUAUCCCUGAAGAAAAAGGAGGAACAACCGUAGAUCACUCCCUUCAUUCGCUCCCCGUCUUCCUUUCUUCUUCUCACUUUCCUUCCCAUAUGGACACCUUUACAUUCCCCCUCCAAUCUUCCUGUUCAUAUGUUUUGUUUUACCUCUCUCCCCACCCUCAAACACAUUCUCUCCUUAAUAUGAGGACUGUCUAUCCUGUCUUACCAGACUCUUGAAAGCUUUUUUUCAGAAGGAACGCUCACCCACACUGGCUGAGUCUUCUAUGAUCUCAUUACUCACACUACUGCUGGUACACACAACCUUUCUCACUGCAGCUAGAGCGCACAGCCUCUCCCGUCUUCUCGGCACACCUCUAAUGUUGAACUCUCAAGUGGACUGUGAAACGUUUCUCAGAUCAUAUUCACACAAAUGUUUGUCAUUUGCCUUCCAUCCACAUCGCUCCCCCUUCUCGAAUUUGCUCCAUAAAUCUGGACUAAUUUGACAACAAGUGGGAAAUGGAGGAUUUACAAAUGCUGUGAUUGUCAUGAUGUGGGAAGCUGUUAUUUAUUUUUGAGAAUCUUCCUCCUUUAUUCUCCGUAAACCAAGAACACAAUUGAUCAAAACAAACAAAUGUGUAAGGCUUUGGGCCAAAGCAGCUUUUGCAUACUUCCCACAUCUCUUUACUGUCUCUUUGACUGUUACGCUGCUAUCUUAAAAUGCUAGUGAUUAUUGCCAUUUUCUGAACAGCCACCCCCUGCAUUAGUGUGAAUAUGGUCUUAUUCAGGCUGACAAGCCGCUUCAUUUCUUGUGAAAUCUCCCCCCCCCCAUUUGUUGAUGCCGUCUGAUAGUAAGAAAUGAUUCACUUAUCAGACACUAGAAACAUUUAUGUUUAGUUUGAGAUCAAAGAGGAUAGGGGAAUUUUCUGAAUUCUAAGCAGCAAAUGAUCUCAGAUUAUUUAGAGGUGCUCAUUGCUUCCUAUAGUAUUCUGAAUAGCUAUGAUACACGCUAAAACACUUAGAUACUGUAUACAGAAUUCGAGGAAUAUCGCCAAGUUACUGCAGAUCUUCUAAUUUUGUCUCAAGGCAGCAAAGUUGCCUUACUUGUAGAAUCACUGAAGAACAGGACAAGCAGCUUCUUUCUAAUCAGAUAACUUCCUGUUUCAGCUCGUUGAGACAAUAUUAGCUGUAUGUUCUUUAACCUGUCAACAUGUUUGAGCAAUAGCAGAGAAAAUCGUAGUUCUUGUAUUGGAAGCCUGUUAGCAGAUCUUCUCAGUAACACUACACUUAGCAACAUGUUAUCUCAGAUGUAAUAUUCCAGCAUGCCACAAAUCAUUUCCUUUCUCUUAAAGAAACACUACAAUAACUCUUCUCUGACAUUUAACUGUUAAAGCCCGGUCUGUCCGCUAUAGUGAGUUUCACCAAACCACAAAGGCAGCUCAUUACAAUGUAAACUUUUUUUGUAAAUAGACGUUAGCACAUUUGUUUACGAUACACAUAGAAAUGAUUUAAUUUAUUCUUUUUGUUAAAACCUGAUUUUUGUACGAGCUACUGUAGGACUGCAUGUUGAUCAUCCGAGGCGUCGGCCGUAGGUACUGACGCAUCGCCGAUCAUGCUAGUGCACUGAUUUUAAAAAGUGUUAGUGUUCCCUGUUGACUAGGAAAAGUAGUUUUUAAUAUGGAAAUGCAUUUGUGCAUAAAAGUAAAUUGUCUUAAUUGUAGCUUCUUUGGACAAAAAGAAUAUAUUUAGGAGAUGUUUAGUGGUCUGGUUUACCUCUCUACAACCACGUUGGUUUUUAGAGUAAAUCAGACUCAUUUAAAGCACAAACAGCCACAUGCUUUGUCAAACUAGUGCCCAAGUUUCAUUGGCUGCUCGGUCCACUAGAAGUGUUAGAAAAUAUUCAAAAGCAGAAGUUUAAAUUUAACAUUAUAGGACAUUGUUAAAAAUGAAGACACAACAAAACAAGGAACACUAACAAAGCUUUGAUUCAUUAUAUUAUAGAAAGAUUAUUCAGAUGUAAUGAAUCAGUAACAAGUUUUAGAUUUGUGUCCAGUGAUAGAUUUGCUUGACAUCCAGUUCAUAAACUUCUAGUAGUUUAUUGGAUUGGCAUUUUUAGAUGGUAGUAAAUAUAACAGUCUACUGCACUUUAUCGAUUUUUAGCAUUUGGGAGAAAAUGCUGUUACUCUGACUGACAUUACUUCAGUGCUCUGUAGCACCCUCUGCUGGUGAUCCCACUCACUGCAAUAUGCUGAAGGAUGAACCAUGAACUGUGUAGAAUUACUGUAUAAUGCCACCGCCUGGUCAGUACCAGCUAUAGCAACAACAGUUUAAGACCAAUAUGUACUGUAUUUUAUGAGCUUAAUUUCUUCACCUGAUAAAAUUCAUGUUGUAUAAAGGGGAAGUUUUUUUCUCUUUGAUCAUAAUAUGUGGACCUUGUAUUGAAGACACGGAAAGUGGAAAAAAUACAGAUAUAGAAUUGCCUUUACUCCCCUAAUUCAUCAAACUGACUAAGGCCUAAUGUGAUUUCUCCAUGUAAGUGCUUCUACACAUUACAUGGACUGUCUCCAGGCCUCACCUUCUGGGUAUUCUUGAUGUGCAAAGUUGCCAAAAUGUACUGUUGGAUCAACAAAUGUUUUGAUUAGAACAAAAGAAUGAAUAUUGGAACUGGGCCUCUGUUUCUGAUUCCUGUGACCCCAGAGCCACCUCUUUCAUAAAAUGUGUUAAUUUUGUAUUUAUUUAUUUUUAUUUACUGUGAGGUGAAGAUGAAUAGAUCAUCUGUAAAUGUAGCAAACGGAAAACCAUGAUACAUUGGUGCCAGUAAACUACUGUGUAACAAUAAAAAGUAAACAGAGACAG